AUGAAAUUGAGCAAGAACCAGCUCAGAAGAGCCAAAAAAAAGGCCCAGAAAGCCGAGACUACGAGCUUUCCAGUCGACACUACCACAUCACGGGAACGUUCACCUCCCCCAGUCGCUACUUCUCAGGAUGCACCGGCUGAUACCAACACUGAUCUGCUUCCCGAGCCAACUGAUCCGCUAUGGGAAAUGUACAAAGGUGUUGUCGGAAAAUUCGACGAGACAGUGAGCGAUUCAUUGACGAAGGAUACCGAUAAACCCGAGGUCUUCUUUGACGAUGGUGAUGAAAUACCCGACGAGGAGCAAGAGAGCGAGCCCAAGAUUUCAAAAAAGAAACGAAAAGAAAUGAACAAGCUAUCCGUUGCUGAACUCAAAGCAAUGGUACGAAAGCCUGAAAUCGUUGAAUGGACAGACACAUCCGCUCCUGAUCCUCGACUCCUUGUUCACAUUAAAGCUCAUCGCAAUGUGGUCCCGGUACCCUCUCACUGGUCGCUCAAACGAGAGUAUCUCUCAUCCAAACGGGGAGUGGAGAAGCCCCCGUUUGCUCUCCCAAAGUUUAUACAAGAGACAGGAAUAUCUGAAAUGCGCGACGCCGCUUUGGAGAAGCAGGAACAGUCAAGUUUGAAGCAGAAGCAACGAGAAAGAGUGCAGCCAAAGAUGGGAAAGCUGGACAUUGAUUAUCAAAAGCUUUACGAGGCAUUUUUCCGCUUCCAAACCAAGCCAGAGUUGACUCGCUACGGUGAGAUCUACUAUGAGGGCAAAGAAUACGAGACCAAUCUGAAGCACCUGCGACCUGGCGAACUGAGCGAUGAGUUAAGAGACGCUCUUGGUAUGGCCCCAGGAGCCCCUCCUCCGUGGCUUGUCAACCAGCAGCGAUAUGGUCCCCCUUCUUCCUACCCCGCGUUGAAAGUUCCCGGCCUCAAUGCGCCACCGCCCCCCCGGCGCGUCGUGGGGCUACCAUCCUGGAAGCAAGGAGUUCCGAUUGAAAAAGAUCUUUGGGGUGAAUUACAUGAAUCAGAAGAGUCAGAAGAGGAGAGUGAAGCAGAGGACGAGGACGAGGACGAGGACGAAGAAGAAAGCGACGAAGAUGGGGUGGGUGCAGGUGCUCAUUCUCCUAGUGGCAUGGAAACUCCAAGUGGAAUAGAUUCGGCAGUACCAUCUGAAUUUGUUGGCGCUGAGAAUGUUUCUGGGGAGUUCGAUGUGCGCAAACACCAUCGUGGUACCGAUACAGAGGAAUCCGUUCACCCUCGCAGUGCUUAUCAAGUCAUCCCUGAGAGGCAAAUGAACGUGGAAGGCUUUUUCGGGGGUGAUAGGGCCUACGACCUUAGCGGAUCAACAGGCAAACCUCCUGUUCUCGGCGCAGAGGACCAAAACCGGAAACGCAAGAAGCCUGGGGAUGUUGAAGUGUCUGUCAACUUGGAUGCAAUUCAAUCUGGCGAUGGCCUCAGCAAAGAGAGCCUCCAGAGCAUGUACGAGUCACAGAGGCAGCAGCAGAAUCCAUCAAACUGGGCUUUCCAGGAGGACUUGAGCGACAUGCUUGCACAGGAGAACCGCAAAAGAUUGCGAAAGGAAGAGGAGAGACGAAGAAAGCAUUAA